CUCAGCAGUCUGCAGCAAAGCUUCUGAUUGCAGCCAGCAGGGAGACCCCCUGGGGCCGUCUUCAGCCCCGACAGACAGCUGGUCCUUGUCUCUUGCUUCCAGGGUUGGGCUCCCAGGCCCGGCAAUGGCGCUCCUAUGGCUCUUGUCUCUGUGGCUGCUGGUUCCGGGAACGCAAGGUGCAGGAGAUGGGGACAUGCGUCUGGUUAAUGGAGCCUCAGCCAGUGAGGGCCGCGUGGAGAUCUUCUACAGAGGCCAGUGGGGGACAGUGUGUGACAACCUCUGGAACAUUUUAGAUGCCAACGUGGUUUGCCGGGCCCUGGGCUAUGAGAACGCCACUCGGGCGCUGGGCAGAGCUGCCUUCGGGCCAGGAAAGGGACCUGUCAUGCUGGACGAGGUGGAGUGUACAGGGACAGAGCGCUCGCUGGCCAAUUGCAGCUCCCUGGGCUGGCUGAAGAGUCGCUGCGGGCACGAGAAGGAUGCAGGCGUCGUCUGUUCCAACGAAACAGGAGGCGUCCACAUCCUGGACCUCUCCGGAGACCUCCCUGAUGCGCUGGGCCAGAUCUUUGACAGCCAGCAGGGCUGUGACCUGUUCAUCCAGGUGAUAGGACAAGGGCAUGAGGAUCUGACCUUCUGUGCCCACAAGCUGAUCCUGAACACCAACCCCGAGGCUCAGGCCCUGUGGAAAGCGGUGGGCCGCAGUGUCAUCAUGAGAGUGGACGGGGGUUGCUUUCCUGUGGUCAGAGACUUCCUCAGGUACUUUUACUCCCGAAGAAUCGAGGUCUCCACGUCUUCUGUCAAGUGCCUGCACAAGCUAGCCUCUGCCUACGGGGCCAUACAGCUGCAAGAGUACUGCGGACGGCUCUUCGCCACCCUCCUGCCCCAGGACCCCACGUUCCACACGUCCCUGGAGCUCUAUGCGUAUGCGCAGGCCACCAGAGACUCUGUGCUGGAGGACCUGUGUGUGCAGUUCCUGGCCUGGAACUUUGAGUCUCUGACGAAGGCUGAGGCCUGGCCAAGCGUCCCCAUCACCUUGCUCCAGGCUCUCCUCCCCAGGAGUGAGCUGGCCGUGUCCAGCGAGGGGGACUUGCUGAAGGCGGUAGAUCAGUGGAACACAGAGAGCGGCGGCGCCUCCCAGGAGGGGGUAGAGAGCCUACUGGAACAGGUCCGCUUCCCCAUGAUGCUGCCCCGGGAGCUGUUUGAGCUGCAGUUCAACCUGUCCUUGUACCAGGCUCACCAGGCACUGUUCCAAAGGAAGACCCUAGAGGCCCUGGAGUUCCACACUGUGCCCCUCCCAGUACUGGCCAAGUACAGAGGCCUGAACCUCACCCAGGACAGCUACAAGCCCCGGCUUUACACCUCCUCAACCUGGAGUGCCUUUGUGACAGACCGUUCCUCAAGGUCACAGGGUGUGCAAGUGUAUGGGUACAAGCAGUACCGCUCACGUGGCUAUGAUUCAAGAGGCCGGUACGACCCCUACCUGUCCUUCCAGACCCCACAGCACCCCAGCUUUCUCUUCAAGGACAAGCUGACCUCCUGGUCGGCCUCCUACCUCCCCACUGUCCAGAGCUGCUGGGACUAUGGCUUCUCCUGCACCUCUGACGAGCUCCCUGUGCUGGGCCUCACCACGUCCAGCUACUCCGACCCUACUAUUGGCUAUGAAAACAAGGCGCUGAUGUUCUGUGGAGGGCACAGUGUGGUCGAUGUCACCAACUUUGCAGGGUGUAAGGCUCCUAUCCCCAGUGCCCUGGAUACCAACAGUUCCAAGAUUUCUUCCCUCUUCCCCUGCACCUCGGGGGCCUUCAGCAGCUUCCGAGUGGUCAUCCGCCCCUUCUACCUGAUUAACUCCACUGACCUGGUCUAGCUGGUCCAUCUCAGUGUUGGGGACUCAGACACCAUGUGUCCCCCACUCUCAGCAAUCUGCCUCCAGAUUUCUGCCAGCAUCCACUGUCUCUCUGAGCUUGAAGUUUUACUGGGUUUCAGCCAGCAUUCUCUCCGGCGCUGAGAAGCCCCAGGGCUCCAUUACAGGCACAAGCAGGUUCUAUGAGCCUGUGGGUAGCUCAGUCUGUCUCCAUCACUAAUCUGAAAUCAUUAAAGUCACUUGCUUCU